AUGUCUGACCAUCACUACAAAUUCAAUGUGACCAUGACCUGUGGCGGCUGUUCUGGCGCCAUUGAGCGCGUGCUCAAGAAACUUGAUGGUAUCAAAGAUUACAACGUCUCUCUCGACACCCAGACCGCAGACAUCACCACCGCUGACUCGGUGUCCUACGAGACCGUGCUCGAGAAGAUUAAGAAGACCGGCAAGACGGUCAACUCAGGAGAGGCCGAUGGAGUUGUUAUGGCUGUAUAA